AUGACAAAACGCGACGCCACUGCCGCCGGCCGCUUCGCACCGCCCAAAGUCCUCUUGCAGCUCGGCGACUGGAUCGACGUGCUGGACGGUGACGGCGUGUGGAACGUCGCGCGCGUGAUCGACGUCCGGUCGUCGAAAGAGGUGAAGAUCACGUACGACGGCUGGCCAAAAGACUAUGACGAGGUCGUGUUGAUCGACAGUGACCGCGUGGCGCCGUACCAUACGUUCACGUGGAGCGUCAAGUGCUGGGUCAAGUAUCUCAAUUGGCCACUGUGGCCCUCUCUCAUCACAGUGCGAACUCCUGGAACAGUAGCAGGCAUCAGGAACCUUGAAGUGGAAGAUCGGAUCUAUGUCGACUUUUUGGACAAUACUGCGUUUGGUAAACGCGACAGGUGUUGGCAAAAGGUAUCACAAAUACGGGCUUUUGGCGAUAACUUUGACAGGAAGCGCGCGAAAUCGACGGGCGCGAAUUUUGAAAAAGCCCUGGCACGCGUGUUGCAAUCCGAUGCGUCUUCGGAGAUGCCCGAGUUUGCUAUUGGCACGCUGCCUGUGAAAUAUAAGUCCAGCCCGGCGCAGUGCGUUGAGGCAUUACGAAAAAGUAUGGGUGAUGAGCUGUGGUUUCAGCAUUUCACUUAUAGCAGAAAGCAUCACGCGAAGACUUACGUCUACGACACGAGUAGAGAGAAAGUAAACGACAAAGGAAGUCAUGUGUCACCGGCACUGAAUGUCAGGCGCUUGGAUCUGUCAGCAGCGAAGGAAGGGAAAUGCCAAGCGAUGAUGAGCGAAAAAAAGAGCUUGGCUGGCACAAAGUUACUGCACGAGCUGGAAGUGGUCGAUAUCAGUGAUGGCUCUGAGGUCGGAGAUAAACAUGUGAUCGAUUGGCAAGCGAGCGGGACUUUGCAACAAAAACGGCAAUCGGAUGGCUCGCCUGGGCCAACAAAAGCAAAACGACAAAAAGCCAAGCCUUUCGCACCAAUUCACGCGAGUAAACCCUCGAACUCAGUUGCAGAUAUUGCCGUUGAGGAACGCAAAGCAGGCUACGUCAAAGGACAGACUAAAAUGGCUGCAAAACGGAGCAUUCGACCUAAUAAGGAAAGCGUCGUCUCGGCGCUGCUCAAUUUAUCAUCUACCCAUGAAGGUGUUGUUUCGUAUCAUAGCGAGGAACGCGACGUUAAUCGAUCGCCCACGUUCGUUCAAUCGAGAACGGACUCAGAGCGUUCUGCUGCUGAGCACCUUGCCAAGCGGGCACGACUGAAUGACCCAACUACGUUGACCGGCCGCAGCUCUGUGAAAGCUUCGAAGCAAGUCAAGAUGAAGAAGCGUCAAACCCCCGCAAAUAAGAAGAAGCAGGACGAUGUCCGAGCAGAAGGACAAUACGUAGCUUCUGCGGAUGUCCCGAGACAUGGUCAAUGGACUGAGCUGAAUGGUUGCAGACUGCAUGGCGCUUCGCAGACAAUCCCUUCGAACGACAAUCACAAAGAGUCGUCUCAUGCACGACAGCCGAAUGAGAUUCCAUCACGAAGAGACGAUGAAGUGUUUGUGUCUUCGAUGUUGUCGAAAAUGCACGUACUCUACGAAGGUGACGAAGUAGAUACCGUUGAUAAAAACCGUUUGCCGCUGUUUGAUGGAUCCCCGCACAGCGACCGUAACCAAGAGCUACGUGGCCGGUUCUGCGUGAUGCACGCAGAUCACAAAGAUGGCACCAAGAAAGCAAAAUGCUCAAACAAGACUGUCAUCAGCAUACCAAGAAGAUUUAAGGAAAAUCCAGCUCGUCAAAAGUCCUAUUGCGGCGCUAGCUCGUCGGCACUGUCCGGACCUCGCUGUUCGUAUUACGAUCCGGCAUUAGCUGCGCCUACACCAGUUUUCAGCUCCAGCAAUUCAUUUUCGAUGAAGUCAUGGUUCAAGCGACUUGACAGUAGGUUUUCUUAG